CAGUGAAAAGUCUGGGCGGCGCGAUCGCGAAGGAUGGUAAAAGGUGGGCCGCAGGCUGGUGCGUGCACAAGUGACAUCGCCAGUGGCGGAAUCCGCUCAACAGCUCGCCAGUGAGCGUCCGGGCGCGGCCGGGAUGGAGCUGCAGGCCGCCGGGGAGGCGCUGGCGGGGCCCGUGAAGGCCGGGGAGGCGCUCUCGAAGCGCCAGAAGUGCAAUAGGAACGCCGAAAUGGCGAGCGCCGCGGACGAGCUGGAGAAGUGCGACGUGAGUCCGGAGAACAGCACGAAGCGCGACACGCCGAACGGACGCAUGGCCACCAGCGACAUCCAGGCCGGCAGCGUGCAAUUGCCCGAGGGCAUGCCCAAGAGCAUCUCCCUGUUCGACGUGUGUCCGGCGCCGCCGUCGCCCAAGCACGCCAUGGCCUUCACCAUCGACUUCGGCGAGCGCGACGAGCGCGAUGAGCAGCGCUACAAGAGCAUGUACGAGCGCUUCCAGAGCCGCCACAGGCGCGGCGCCUCGCUCACCAAGUUCGACGAGCCGCAGCCGCCUCGCACGCGCAUCCCCAUGAGCGCCAGGCUGCCCAGGAAGCAGCUGCCGACGCCCGACAAGGGCGCGGUGAAGAUGCGCGACAAGAGUCGCCUGCAGGCGCCGCAGGACGCCUCCAAGCGGCACAGCUGGAGUCCGCGCUCCAGCACCGUGACGCCGGACGCCAAGAUCCCCGCUACGAAGUUCACGCCGCGCUCGCUGACGCUGGCCAAGGCGCUGGAGGGCCGCACGUCGGACGCGUCCAGCGAGGACGCGCUGCAGGCGCCGCUGGACGACCUGCGGCCCGUGGGCGAGGAUCAGGUGAGCGAGGCGGGCACGUACACGCUGGACGCGGACAACUACACGGAGGAGCAGAAGGAGCGCAUGAACAUCGAUCAGGAGGAGGAGCUGAAGAUCGAGGAGAGCCCGAAGCCUGAGCGGCCGACGUGCUUCGAGACGAAUUUAGAGACAUUCGACUACGAUUUAUCCCAAAGAGACGAGGGCAAGCUGAAGAUCCAGGACGGCCAGGCGAGACGAAGGAACGUCCUUGAGAUCUCUUGCUCGCACGAAACGUCCACGGCGAAGCCCAAAGUGUCGUAUUUGGAGCGGCUGAAGAACCGCGUGCGGAACAUCAGCGACCGGACGUUCCACAAGUCGCGGUCGCCGGACAAGCUGCUGCCGUCGCCGGACGUGGGCUGCUUCACCAGUGUGACCACGAGUGGGAUUCUGAGUGUGAAGCCGACGCUGGACACGAAUCCGCGCCUCACGCGGCGCAACAGCCUGACGAAGAGCCAGAUUGACAACUCGGAGUACGUGCAGGGCGUGAGUCGGCUGAACCUGGGCGGCAGCGAGGAGUGCGGCGUGCGCUCGCCACGGCGAGAAGUGAGCUCGGGCUCGGCCAUCAAGACGGCGGCCACGAAGAGUGACUGGAUUCAGGAGUGGGCGCGUCACGCGCGCCAGCACUCGGCGCACAUGUCCAGGAGCUACAAUUUCGAGAGUUCGCCGACGGACGAGAGGCAGCGCUUCAAGCAGGAGGACAUGAGCCGGAGUCAGUGCGAUGGGCGGCGGGCGUCCGUGCGGAAGCCGCCCGUGAGUCCCACGAAGAUUCCCAGUCCCAUCGGCACUCUGCGACCGCGGAGCCGCAACGGCAGCCAGACGGAGCUGGCCAAUGACACGGAUGUGUAUCUGCAGAAGACGGCGGCCGCCAUCACGACGCUGCAGAAGAUGCACAGGGAGUCGCUGAACAACUCACCACAGAGCCCGCGCAGUCCGCAGAGUGAGGAGAUGCUGCUGAUGCAGCUGCAGCGGAUGCACCGGCUGCAUCGGCGGAAUCACUCGCUGGACGGCACGGAGGCGCCCGUGCGACGACACACGCGCCAUCACUCCUUCGAGGGCACGGACAAUCUGCCGCCGCGGCCCGUGGAGGCGCUGGUCGCCAAGAGACGCGCGGAAUUGAUCAAACAACCGACGCACAGCUCGCCCAUCAGGCGCUCCACGUCGUUCUCGGCCAAGACGAGCGGCAGCACGCCCAAGAUGCCCUCGAAAGUGCCCACGAAGCAUCAGCAGAGCAUCCAGAAGUCCGCCAGCAGCACGAACUUCCGCGCCGUGAUCGCCUACGCCGAUGACGACAUCAUGGAGUUCUACAUCAAUGACAAUGUGGAUCUGGACGGCGACCAGCUGUCGUCGGAGUCUGACCUCAGCGAUGCGCAGCAGCCGAUCUCCAAUACGCGCUGCAACAAGGCCUUCCUCAUGCGCAUGGAGCAGAACCGGCGUCCGGCCAGCGCCGCGGCGGCCAAGCAGGGCGUCAUGGCGUGUCCCAACACGCCGGAGAUGCGUCGCCGGGAGCCAAAUGUGCGCACGUCCUUUCGCGAGAGGAUGUCAAUGCCGCGCGACUCGAGUCUGAAUCGCAUGAAGCAGGAUCUGGCCAGGCGACAGCAGCCGCAGCCGCCGCCGGCGAAGGCGGAGCCGAAGCUGGCGAAGGUGCAGCCAAAAUACAUGGACAUUUCCAAGUAUAAACCCGUGACGGGCGCGAACUUCCUGAAGAAGGACGAGUCCAAGAGCUACUUGCUGCCCAGAGAGGUGAAGAAGAGCCCGAGCAGUGCGUCCGUGAAUCUCAGCCGGACGGACGCGCAGCGCGCCAGCAACAGGAGCAUCAAGUCGGCGGGCAUGCGGCCGUCGUCCGGCAAGAAGGAGCCGCCAAUCGCCCAGAAGCAGGCGAAGGAGGCGGAAUUGGCCAUGUGGAAGCGGCGCGCGAGCUAUGAUCCCAUGAAGGCGGCGCUGGAGGGCAAACGGAAGCAGGAUGAGGCGCGCCGCCUGGCGCAGCAGCAGCAAAGUAAAUUGGGUGAAAGUUCAUCGGCCGUCCUGAGGUCGCAGUCCUUCCACAGCGGCGUCUCGAGUCAACUGCGAGGACAAGCGUCGAAGACAACGAUCGAUCAAUGGAACGCGCUGACUUUGAGCGAUUCCAGUGAUGAGAAUGAAUCAUAAAUGCAAUGUUUUUUUUAUCCAUUUUAUUGCGCGGGAAGAGAGAGAAAACGUUCUGCGGGUUUUUUGGCACUUUCCCACAACAACAACAACAGCAGCAAAAAAAGCUAAAUUUCUUCCACGUUUUAAUGGUCCUGUUUUUUCUACUUUUGAUAUUGAUUACUUCGGAUCGUGAACAUUUGAGUCCCUCCUUGAAAUUGAAUUGUGAUUAACGACAUAAUUUUUAUUUAUUUCCCACUUAUUGUGUAACUUUGUGUCCUUCGAAUCUGUCGUAAUAUUUUUUUAUUGUAUUGGUUAAAAGAAAUUUGUAGUUGAAAGAUAGAAUCAUUGUCACUAUAUUUAUAAGUUUUUACUCAUAAUUCUUCAAUUUGUGAAUGCAUUCACGUGAAUCCCCCCCUUUUUUAAAAAAAAAAAUAAAUAGAGAUUAUAGAAAAGAAUCAACAUGAAAUGUUUAACAUAACGAUAGAGAAAGAAAGAGAGAAAAAUUGUGAGGAUAAAGCGAUAAACGAGAAAGUCAAAUUAUUAUCACUUAAAGUGAAUGUUUGGUUCAUUUGUAAUUAUGAUUUGACGAGAGAUUGUGUUUUUUAAUCUUUCAUAUUUUGUAUUUGAUUCAAGAGAGAAAUUAGUUGGUUAUUUAUUUGCUAAGGAAAAAAAGGAGGAAGAAUUGUAAGCGCAAAAGAAGUUGCUUCAGUUUAAGUUUUGUUACGAAGUUUAGUUCUUAAGGUGAGUAAUUCUUUUUAUGGACUUUUCUUCUGUCCUUUUACUCCAUUUUUUUGAGAUCCAUAAAGAGAAUAGCUUGAGAUGAAAUGUUUCUGUGCUGAAGCUUUAAGAUGAGAAUGGAAAAAAAAAUAAUAAAUCAAAAUGUGAAAAGAUUUCUGUUGUUUUCAUUCCUGCAAUCUCUUAAUAUUAAGAGAUUGUGACACUUUGUGAUGAGUUUAAGGGAUUUUUUCAGUGAAAGCGUUUCAUAAAGAGUGAAGAUUUCACUAUUCAAGAUUGUUCUUAAUUUCUGAAUUGGAGUAAUUGAAUUUUUGGGUAAGGAAUUCGUGUAAAUAAGGUAAAAAUA